AUGAUCGCCAAGUCAAGGGAAGGGGAGGAUCACCUCGUCAACUUGAAGCGUCUCUUCGACCGUCUCAAGAAGUACAAGCUCCGACUCAAUCCAGCAAAAUGCACUUUCGGCGCCAAGUCGGGAAAGUUACUAGGGUUCAUAGUCAGCAAGCGCGGCAUUGAAGUGGAUCCAGAUAAGAAUGUAGCAAUUGAGUGGGACGACGAAUGUCAGAAAGCCUUCGAUACCAUCAAGGCAUACCUGAUUCAGCCGCCGGUGUUAGUCCCGCCGGUAUCGGGUCGUCCUCUCAUCCUUUACCUGACAGUGCGCCGCCAAUCAUUGGGGUGCAUGUUGGGGCAGGAGGACGAAUCCACGCACGCAGAGCAAGCGAUUUAUUAUUUAAGCAAGAAGUUCACUGAAGGGGAGUCCAACUACCUCGACAUUGAGAAGUUGUGUUGCGCGCUGGUAUGGGUCAUGCAAAGGCUCCGGCAAUACACUCUCUAUCAUACCAUUCGCUUGUUGUCCAAGGCAGAUUCCCUGAAGUACAUGCUUGAUAGCCCAUCUUCCAUGAGGAGCAUCGCAAAAUGGCGCUGUCAGUUAGCAGAAUACGACAUUGAAUAUGUAGCGCGCACGUCAGUUAAAGGACAAGCAAUUGCAGACCACUUGGCAGAGUUUCCGAUUGAAGACAACACGCCUAUUGAUCCAGACUUUCCAAAUGAAGGAAUCCUCCAAGUCGACAGUGAGGAGGAUAGCCCAACAUGGAAGAUGUAUUUCGAUGGAGCAGUCAACUCCACCGGCUCGGGCAUCAGUGCAGUACUGAUAUCUCCUGACGGGCGUCAUUAUCCCGUUGCAGUAAAAAUUGACUUUCCUUGCACCAAUAAUGUGGCUGAGUACGAAGCAUGCAUCCUCGGCCUGCAAGCAGCUAUCGACUUCAAAGUCAAGGAAUUAGAGGUGUUCGGGGACUCAAUGCUCACAAUUUUCCAAACGCUGGGACAAUGGAAGACAAAGGAUGAGAAGCUAGUACCCUAUCACGAGUAUCUUGAGGAGUUAGCGGAGAACUUCGAAAAGAUCACAUUCACUUACACGCCUCGCGUAAAGAAUCACUUCGCAGACGUACUCGCAACGCUCGCUUCCAUGGUGAGCAUCACAAAAGAAAAUCUCAUCGAGCCUCUCGAGAUUGAGAUUACCAAGGGCCCUGCUCACUGCGACGCAAUCGAGGCUACCGAUGCAAAGCCUUGGUUCGAAGAUAUUAAGCAUUUUCUGCAGACUGGUCAAUAUCCGCAGUUUGCCAGUCACCGCGAUCGGAAGACACUCCGGUUGCUUGCAACGCACUAUUUUCUUAGCGGUGAAACACUUUAUAGGCGCUCUCUCGAUGCUACGCUGCUCCGAUGUGUCGACGGACAAGAGGUACAACGCCUCAUCCAAGAAGUACACGGGGGAAGCUGUGGACCUCACAUGAACGGACUUAUGCUUGCUAAGAAGAUCAUGCGGUUGGGCUAUUUUUGGUCCACCAUGGAAACUGACUGCGUCAAGCACGUCAGGCACUGCCGCUUAUGCCAAGUUUAUGCAGAUCAGAUUAAAGCACCGCUCAACGAGUUACACCCGAUGGCAGCUCCGUGGCCCUUCUCAAUGUGGGGCAUGGAUGUCAUUGGUCCCAUCAAUCCCAAAGCAUCAAACGGGCAUCUUUUCAUCUUAGUGGCGAUCGAUUAUUUCACCAAGUGGAUCGAAGCCAUUACGCUCGCAUCAGUUACUGCAAAAGCUUUCAAGAUACAGCACCGCAAUUCCUCGCCAUAUCGCCCCCAAAUGAAUGGAGCGGUAGAGGCAGCAAACAAAAACAUUAAGAGGAUCAUUGAAAAGAUGACGGUGAAUUAUAAGGAUUGGCACGAGAUGCUCCCGUUUGCACUCUUGGCAUAUCGCACUUCGAUUCGCACAUCUACUGGGGCAACCCCAUACUCCUUGGUAUACGGCACAGAAGCAGUGCUCCCAAUUGAAAUGGAGAUUCCCUCCUUGAGGAUUCUUGCCGAGGCCAAGCUUGAAGAAGCAAAAUGGAUAAAGCAGCGAUACGAACAGCUUAAUCUCAUCGAUGAGAAGCGGCUAGCAACACUCUGCCACGGACAAUGCUACCAGCAGAGGAUGGCUCGGGCAUUUAACGCUAAGGUCCACCAUCGCGAAUUCAAACCCGGAGACCUCGUUAUGCGCAAAGUCUUGCAUAUUGCUCCCGACUCUAGGGGCAAGUUCGCAUACAAAUACGACGGACCUUUCGUCGUCACAGAAGUCUUCUCUAGAGGCGCCGUCAUUUAA